UACAAGCAAGUUCAAAUACGGAAUUAAAUCGUAGAAUUUUAUGCCGGAAGUAUAAAUAUCCAACAAAGAAACAAGAUGGCAAAGAUCAUCGUUGUUUUAGUGCUUGUGAUGCUGGUGUUUCCAAAGUUUCUCAUCAGAUGCCAGAAUACCGUUACUUCUGAAAUUGGAUCCAGUACCUGCAUUUCAUUUUCGAAGCCUUCCAUGAGCUACGAAGAAAGAGUAAUAAUGAAAGAAGAAUCACUGCUCUGCUUGAGAUCAAGUAAUAAUCAGAAUAUAUUAAAAGAUGACAAAGGAUGGAAUAGAACCUUUUCUUGCCACGAGAGCAGUGUAAAAAUAUCCAUUUGUUUUACAAACACCCAGACAUCUGAUGCCGGUGUAUUUUAUCUAAGAAAUGAAAACAGGAGUGUUACUUUGGAAAAUAUUACUCUUAUUGUUGAAUAUCCCCCAAAUGUGUCCGCAAUGGAUGAACAGAAGGUAAUUGAGGGUGACUAUUUUUCUGUCUCGUGUAACUACACCGAGGGAAAUCCGCCAUCUACAUCAGUGUAUUGGACCAAGGACGAUCCAUACUUCAGGCAAUAUCAACAAAAUCUCACUAUUACAAAUGUUACAAGAAGAGAUUCGGGGACAUAUGUGUGUUUUGCAGAGAACACUUAUAGUAGCGGAAGGAGAGGAACCUCCAAUAAUACAAUGGAGCUAGAUGUGCAGUGUAUGUUAAACAAUAGGUUUCAAUACAGGAUUUUUUUGCGGGGGGGGGGGGGGUACAGUUUAGGACAAUACCCUCCCAGAAUAUCUCUACCUUCUACUUUAAAACCAGUGGAGGGGGGAUACCUUACUGUUGUUUGUAACGUCACUGAAGGGAAUCCCAGACCAGUCACAAAGAUAUCCUGGUACAAAUCAGGUCACGGAUUCUUCAAAAAUGGGAAAAUAUUGAGCUUUCCAAACAUAACGAGAUCACAUUCUGGAACAUACACAUGCACUGCUGAAAACACUUAUUUCAGUGGAGCAAGAGGGAGUGAUAAACAGUCCAUCACGAUUGAUGUAGAAUAUCCUCCAAGAGUUUCACUAUUUUCUACUAAGUAUCCCGUGGAAUAUAGCAGCCUUUAUGUUACCUGUUCGGCAACUAAUGGAAACCCAUCGACCACACUCUUUUACUGGAAAAAAUCGGGGGACAGUGAUUUUCAGCAGAAUGAUACUAACUUACGUCUGUAUAGUAUAAACAGGAAUCAGUCUGGAACUUAUAUAUGUACUGCAGAGAAUACUUACUCGUCUGGAUCAAAAGGCAGCGACUCUCAGCAACUUGUGGUGGAUGUUCAGUAUCCUCCUUUGGUAUCCGAUAUCUCUGACAUAAGACGAGUGGAACAUGACGAAGUCAGAGUGCAGUGCAACGUCACCAAAGGAAAUCCGUCCUCAACAAAUAUCUUCUGGACCAAAUCAGGAAGUUCCAGCGUCCAACAGUCCGGUUCUACACUUGUGUUGAAUAGCAUUAGGAGAAGUCAAAAAGGAAGCUAUUACUGUGUCGCAGAAAAUUUGUAUGAUAUUGGAGGAAAUGGCAGAGGAGAAAAAUCAUUCUUUGUGGAUGUUUUGUAUGGACCCACGGUUACUGGACAGACAGUGACGGUCUCUGAGGGACAACGGGCCAGCAUGUCCGCCACGGUGACCAGUAACCCGCCCUCUAGAGUGUCAUGGUUCAGGGGCAGUGAUCUACUUUAUACCCAGAGUUCUGUAAAUGGGUAUUCGACUUACACCUUAUCCUCGGCUCAGUGUACUGAUACGGUGCAAUUCAGGGUAGUUGCUAGCAAUGGGAUCCAAAAUAACUCCUCAACAACUGUAUACCUCUAUGUCUACUGUUCGCCGCGUUUAAAUUCCUCUGGGAGUUCGGUUUUCAUUUCAAUAGGAAACAACAAAUACAUGGACGGUCAGGUCACCAUCUUAUCGUAUCCACAGCCCAACUACACACUGACCCUCCCAAAUGGUGCUCCGAAUACGAACAUCAGUCUCAGUAUAUCCACCAUUACAACGAACAUCUACCGCAUCAAACUGCGCAAGUCAAAUAUUCAGCCAAAGGAUCAUGGGACAUAUAAAAUGAUUGUUUCGAACACAUACGGAACAAGAAUACUAGAUAUUCAUGUUCAUCCUAAAAGCAAACCUUUAAAAACAGAUCAAGUAUUUGUUUCUUGUGGAAACAGAAAAGCUUACAUUACUUGGCAGUCCUCUUACUUUGGUUACGAAGCUCAAAAUUCACUUGUUCAAUACUCGACAAAACCUGACAGUGUAGCCUUUUUCAACGGCUCAGGCCUCACACCUGAAAGAAUUGAACAAGAACUCUUACAUGUCACAGUUUCCGGUCUACAAGACAAUACAAAGUACUUCUUUAGAGUGGCCUCCAUUAAUAGAUAUGGCGUCUCUCUGUCAUCAGUUGUCGACUGCACCACGGAAACUAAAAAUGGUUAUCAUCAUCCAGUUCUUUAA